CCGGCGCGCGGGCGGGCGACCGCUCUCCGCCGCUCAGUCACCCACGACCCGCGAUGCAACUACCCGAGCCUCCGCCACCGCCACUCGCGCCCCUCUGGGACCGCGUCCUCCGCGCCAGGGCUCUGCCCCCGGACCUCGACGUACAACUCCUCUACGUGGCCAUUAAAGACCGCCUCUCUCAUCCGGAGUGGGAAGUGCGGUUGCACGCACUGAGAGUCCUCGCUGACCUGCUCCCCUUAUCCGGCAAUGCUCUCUCCUUCCCGUUCGAUCAAGUCAUCGACAACCUUGGACACAGUUCCCCUAACGUCCGCAAGGCCGCCUUGGACGCGCUCAAAGUAUUCUGCGUCCACUGCGAAGAUCCUGAAUGUGCAGCUCGGGCGAUCAUAGAUAAGUUCUCCUACAACAACAUUAGACCGCAUUCCGCUGAAAUGGACAGCAAAAUAAAUGUAAUUACCGGUUUAAUACUUUCUAUACCGUCAGUAAUAGGGAUAUUGAGACGCCGAACAGCCGAUCUGGACAUGUUUCCUAUAUUCCAAAUUUUAGGAGAGAAACUUUUUGACUCAAUGCACAAAGAUGUUGCUCUCCGAUCGCUAAUGAAACUACGCAGGGUAUGUGGACCUCAUAAAUAUACAAACGUUUUCUCACAGUUAGAUAUAAGAAUUCAAGAUAGAUUUAAGCAUUUGUGCGAGGCUUACGAUGAAGAUUCGCUAGACGUUUAUUAUGCUCCGAGAAAAGUAAGGAACCAGCCUCUCGUACAUAUAAAUCGUGUCUUCAAUAACCCUUUGACCCCAAUCUAUCUAUCUACAGACUCGUCGUCUGAAGAUUCUUUCAGAGUGCCUUUUAAUAACAAUAAUUAUGCUAAAGUGAUUAUAGAAACUGAAAUUAAAUUUGACUCGGAUACUGCUAUAACAAUGACUGUGUUAGAACAAAACGAAACAGAAUCGGACAAAAACACGAUAAGCGACGAAGAUUGUGAUAGCUCUGAUCGUCUCAUGCUGAAAUAUAGUGAAGGUGAUUCAGAGGAAGAUUCAGAUGUUGUAGUUAAAAAAGUGCGAUUCGGUGGUGAAAGUGUAAAAAUUCGGACCCCUGACAGUGACAAUUUAAUGACCAGUGAAGAUGACGUUAAUCAUAAUCGUCCUUUAGGUAUAUUAGAAAAGUCUAGAAUAGAACAGGUGUUACCAGAAACGCCAGCCAUUGUGAAUAAGAUGAAUGAUUUAAUGCGUGAGGCACAAGAAAGAGAAUCACGUACAUCUAGAAAAAGUGGUAUUCCAUUACCAGUUAUAAACAAUAAGACACAUAAGGGUGUUUCAAAACAUACUAAAGUGAAGGUCAAAUCUAAAUCUCUUAGCGAGUUAUAUGAUUACUUCAAUAAGAAAAAUGAUAUUCCAGAAAGCAAGGCAAGAGAAAAGUCGAGGUUUGCUUUGACAUUAAUGGAGGUGCAGAAUCCGGACAAAAUUCCCAGUCCAGUCGAAUCUCACAGAGAGGUUGAAGUUUUACACAAUUUACAAAGGAGUCCGACACUGUCACCCCGCAGACAACAGACUCGUGUUAUUGUGGACAAUGAUAGGUUUAUCCUCAAUCUCGUGGCAUCUUCUCCCCCCGAGUCGAUGCUGUUGGCUCUCCGACCAUCGUCACCCUUGCAAGGUCAUUACGCUUGGGAGGACCUUCACGUGGUACCGAAACACAUCUCCGAUCAGCUGCAUAACACGGAAAACUGGAUAGCAGCAGUAAAGGCAGCCGACCAUCUCCACAGUACAUUGUUAGACGCUGACAAUGUUCACGCAGUGGAGCCCGAGGUGACGUCACUAGUGCAGCACAUGUGGGCGCUCAGUGAUGCGGUGUCCGCCGCACGGGCGCCGGCAGAGGGCGCCGUGUGCGCAGUGGUACGCAUCGGGAGCGGCGCCUGCGUGCGUCGCAUGCUGCCGGCGCUGGUGCGGCGGAUGGGCCGGGAGCCGCCUCCUGCCGCGCUGCCUCACGCGUUGCUGCAGAGGAUGGCGCUGCAUCACCUCGUCGAGCUGAUAUUCGACACUGACAUCAUUGGGGGAUCAGAUAAAGAGACAGAGAACGGCCAACUGCGAGCAGCGCUGUGCCUAGCGAGAGCUGCAGGCCCAGCCGCCGUGUUGGCAGCCGUCCGACGAAGACUCAAUGGAUCGCCCAGAGCUGAUGCUUUUUGCAAUAAGUUACGCGAACGUCUCACCCGGCCAGUUGAUCACGUUAAGCCAACACCAGCGCCGAGGAACUCGCACCUCCCAGUGGCUACCCGCCGGCGGGCUCGGUCGACGCCGCCGGCCGCGCCGCCGCCUCGGCCUCGCAGAUUACGACCACUACCAGACUCCGCACCUUUGCCAGGAGUUUCACCGCCUGGGAGAGAUUUUGUUUUGAAACCUAGAGCUGCGAUACAUCUGAUUAAUAAUAGAGUCACACCUGACAUCAUCAUUGGCGAAGAGGAUAAAGACAAAUUAGAGGACGACGAAAAGAAAGUUGAGGAACUUUUUACCGUCGCGGGGACGACAGAAACAGAAAGCAAGCCAGACGAACUUUCCAACGACAUUUCGUUAAUACGAACUCCAUCUUUGCACGCGGAAAACAUUUCCGUAGAGUCUGUAAAUGUUGAGGAUUUAUCGGAAAAAUCGAUACGUGGAGAGGAUUUUUCGGAUUCGGGUGGCGUCGAAAAUGUGUCCGAGAAAAAUGUUUCCUUGGCCAGUGUCGAAACUGUCGCGGAGCAAAUUUCAAUGCAAAGCAGCAACGUUGCCUCGGCAAGUUCACGGCAAAGUUAUAUCACGCCUGAAGAAAUAAAAUCUGCAACACCUAAACCUGUUAGUGCGAAAUCGUUAUCGCUAUCGAAUCUAUCAAAAAGCCCCGGGAAAUCUAUUGCUUCGUCAUUGCGAAGUGAACCAGCUUCUCCGGAGCCCACGAGAGAUUUCGAGAGCAGGUCAUGCGAACGCGACGUUCGGACUGCACUCGUGGAAUGUAUGGUACCAGCUCGACAUGAAGAUUGGGAAGUGAUUGUAAAUGGUCUCCUUGAAACUGAGCGGCUAGCAAAAGACGAGUGGGCUCGCGCGCCCGCAUCCAGCUGGCGGGCUGUCACUCGUUCCGUAGCUGGUCACGUCCGGUCACUUCGCUCGCGCGUUGCUAGAACUGCUUGUUCGACCCUCGGCACGUUAUUCGAAUUCCGCGGUCGCGGACUUGACCCUGAGUUAGAGGAAGCUGUCAGUGCGUUAUUGGAACGUUGUGCGGAUGUGAACCGUUUCCUGCGAGCGGACGCUACAGCUGCUCUCGGUCGAGUGGCUUGUGGUGGGAACUACGCUCGCGCUGGCGUAGCCUUGGCCCGGAGAGGAGCCUCGCAUCGCGGCGGACCAGUGCGCGCUGCCGCGGCUCAAGCUCUCACCAGGUUAGUACAACAACACGGAGUUGCACGAAUUCUGGAACUACCCGUUGAGCCUCGCACCGUUAUAUUGCGUGCCGCUGGGGAGUUGAUAGCUGACGCGAGUCCCGAAGCUAGGAUGCACGCCCGUCACCUUUAUAUUGCAUUUUCUGAGGACUCGCGCUUCAGGCAGCUGUUGAAAGAUGCAAUGCCGGUGAGUCGUUAUCGUGCUAUUGAGAAAUAUGUCGACAAAUUACGCUGUCGAUAACACUAAAGUAAAACAAAAGCGGUAAUGUAUCACAAGCAUUCGCGGAAUGAAGAAGGUUAUGAAUGGAAUAGCUAAAAAUCUUGUAAAAUACUUACGUAAGAAGAUUUUAUGGAUACAUGAUAAUCCUAUUGAAAGAUUAGAUUUUAUGGAAAUAUUACGACACGACUGAUUUGUGAAAAAUGUAUUUUUGUAUAGUAAUGAUUACAAUAUGGUUAAGCAUACAAAUAUCGCAUUGAUAAAAUAAGUAAUAGCUUUCGUGAGGAGUCUUUAAAGUAAUUUAAUAAAUUAAUAUGUGCCUCGAUCGAUCGAGGUAUUGGUACCAGUAUCUAUGUUAAUGUCAAUCACUUUACCUUCAACUUUACCUUGCUACCUGCGUAGGUAUUAGGUAUUGAUAUUAUAAUAUCAGAAAGUAUAACUGAUGUGUUUAUAUUUGAUUGGAAAUUGUAGAACACGCACAGUAUUGUUAUGUGAUUUAUGGAAGUUACAGAAAACUGUGUGAUUAAUAUCUCUGAACAGAUUACAUGAAAAUGAUGUUACUUAGUAGGUAUUGUCUAUAAUUUCAAUCCACGAUACCUCAAUAUCAGCUUUGUUAAUGGAGUUCCCGAAGAACAUUUGUGUAAAUACCUUCUUAUGUGAUUACAUGUGGUAAAUAGUGCCUAAACAAAUUAUACCUACAACACUAAAACCCCAUAAAUAAACAUAGUAUUAGAAGGUUCAGAAAAAAAUUCUGACGCCUCGGAAAAUAAUUUCAUUCAUUUUUCGACAAUAGUUCGUUAGAACUAACGUUCCAAAUUCAAACCGACAAAUAAACAGGAACUAACGUUCCAAUUUCAAACCGACAAAUAAACAGACUGGAUUUGUCGCUUUGAUUUUUACAUGGAUUUCAAAAAAGCAAGAUAAGUAGUAGAUAAGAUAUUGUUAUCCUGGAAAAGGAAAAGUUUUAAUAUACUCGAUGUUGUUGAAUUAUUUUGUAUUGUACCUAUUUCUUUACUUUUAAUAAAUGUAUAGAUAUAACU